AUGAGUGCAAAAGCUACAGUUGAUCAAGUGCAACAACAACAAAACAAAGGAAGAGGUAUAAUGAGGCAUAUGUACUAUCACAUGACAAGAAGACAACCAAAGCCAGCAUGGACAUGCUUCAUGUAUAGCAAUGCAUCAAGACCAAAAGCCUACAAUAUAAUGUGGAUGAUGAUGAACCAAAAAUUAGCAACUGUGGACAGAUUAACUAGAUGGGGGCUGGAAGUAGAUAAAACAUGUGUGUUAUGUAAGAAUGCAGAUGAAACUAUAGAACACCUGUUUCUACAAUGUCAGUUUGCAGGGAAGUUGUGGGAGAAGGUACUGAGAAUGUUAGAGCAUCAAGGCACUAUUCCAAUGGUAUGGGAGCAAUUUCAACAAUGGUAUGUAAAGAAUGGAAAGGGGAAGAGAGCCACAGCACAAGUGUUCAAGACAGUGAUUACAGAAGGCAUAUAUGGCUUAUGGAUAGAGAGGAACAAUAGAAUAUUUGAGAAAAAAAGUAGAAAAGAGGAGAGUAUAGUAACAGAUUGCUUGUGUUACUAUAGCUAG